ACCUGCGCAGGAUUACCACUCCUUCACUUGUUUUUGUUUGAUAUCAUCUUAAAAUCUUCUCGUCUUUCUUUUCUUCUUCUUCAAAGCCUCGACUACACGGACAUGUUGCUCGCGGCUCCCAGCCGCGUGCUCAUCCUUCUCUCCUGCGCGCUGCUGCAACCCCCAGGGGUUCCCUCUGCUUUGUGUGUCAACACCCUCAGGCAAAAAACAUUUUGAAAUGACAUUUGGCACGUCGGCCAGACUGAGCGUGUUUUCAGUGACAUUUACGUGUUUUCAUGCCGCGGCUGACCUCUUUCCACCACCAUGGUUCACCGGGAGAAGUCACAAAGUCUCCCAACAGCGGUGACCUCCUCUGUCGGCCUCUGUACCCUCCGGCCUCCACAGCCUCCUCACCCCCCACUGUCUCCUGCAGAGGAUAAUGUGUGAUUCAUGCUGGAACUUGGAGAUCAAGAGCCCUCAGGAGAGUUGUUUCAGUGCCGCUGUGUCUAAACAUGAAGCGAAGGAAGAUACGGGUUGUUAGUGUUGGAGGUGGAGAGUGGAAACGAUGAUCAUCCGAUGAUGGAGCGCGGGAAGUUUUCUCCUGAUACUCCAACAUACACUGCUUAAAGCAGCGCUGAUCCAUCACUGACAGCACAUUCUCAGAUCCUAGUGCAGAGGUGCCCCCUGGGCGAAGUAUGGAGUCAUAUGGCUAAUAAUAGCCCCGUAUACCAGUCUGAUUAAUGCCCACAAAGAGGAGACUUAUAAGAGCCAAUACAUCAUGUGGCCCCGCACAUUCUCUGGAGGUGAACCCUUGUGGAUUCAGCUUCGAAGUUGAACCCGUCUUCCAAAAUCCCCUCCCAUGCAAAUAUGAGGGAAUGCGAUGGUUUAAUGACAGUCAAAAGAUUGAUGUAGUGUCCGCCGUGUGUGCCGGGGUGGAGAGAUUAAUGGUGGCCCGGGUCGGGCUGGAGCUCGGCUCAUAACGUGUCACGAAUAGACAAACGACCGGAGCGUAUCGAGGUGCCACUGUGCAGAGGUAUGCAGAUGAAGGUGUGUGAAAUGUUCCCCUCUGCAGGCGUGUUCAGUGCACAGCCAGAUGUGUGACAUGGUGAAGGAGAUAGACAAGGAGAGGGACCUGUGUGAGGCUCAGAUUGAGAACAAGACGACAGGUUGCAACGGAACGUGGGACAAGAUCACCUGCUGGCCGAGUGCUGAUGUUGGAGAGGUGGUCACCAUCCCCUGCCCAAAAUACCUCUUCUACUUCUCCGGGGGCGUUUCCACAAGUAACCUGUCAAAGUCCUGCACUGAGGGUGGCUGGACCCCAAUCAGCAUCAACUCUUACAUAAUGGACUGCGGAUACAAUCCCAACAACACCGUGGAUGAUAAUACGUCGGGAGAGUUCUUCGACGCUAUCAAAGGGGGUUACACCAUCGGUCACAGCGUGUCCCUCAUUUCUCUGUCGAUCGCCAUCAUCAUUCUGUGUCUCUUCCGGAAGCUGCACUGCACAAGGAAUUACAUCCACAUGCACCUGUUUGUGUCUUUCAUGCUGAAAGCGGUGGCCGUUUUCAUCAAGGACGUGGUUCUGUAUGACAUCGGGGAGACAGACAAUUGCCAGUCACCUGUGGGCUGCAAGGCAGUGGUGGUCUUCUUCCAGUACGGGGUCAUGGCGAGUUACUUCUGGUUGCUGGUGGAGGGCCUCUAUCUCCACACUCUGUUAGCCGUUUCCUUCUUCUCUGAGAGGAAGUACUUCUGGUGGUACAUCCUGAUCGGUUGGGGCGCUCCAGCCAUCUUUAUCUCAGCAUGGGGGAUCACAAAGGCUUAUUUAAAUGAUCCUGGAUGCUGGGAGAUAAUCAACGACAGCCCGUGGUGGAUCAUCAAAACACCUAUUCUGGUCACCAUACUCGUGAACUGCUUCCUCUUCAUCUGUAUAAUCCGAAUUUUACGACAGAAGAUGAAUUGCCCCGACAUCGGAAGAAAGGAAUCCAAUCACUAUUCGAGGCUGGUUAAAUCCACUCUGCUGUUGAUACCACUGUUUGGCAUAAACUACAUCAUUUUCGCCUUCAUCCCAGACCACAUCCACCCACACGUGAGGAUGGUGUUUGACCUCAUUCUGGGGUCAUUUCAGGGUUUUGUCGUUGCAGUCUUGUACUGCUUCCUGAACGGCGAGGUACAGGCGGAGAUUAAGCGUAAGUGGCGCAGAUGGAUGCUGCAGAGGUUCCUGGGCGCGGACAACAAGUACCAGCAGCCCUCCAUCGGCAGCAACGCCAACAACUUCAGCACCCAGAUCACCAUGUUGACCAAAUGCAGCCCCGGCACCCGCCGGGCGUCGGAGUGCCAGGAGCACCUCUCGGCCAUCUGAAGCACAUGGGCGCUUCACACCCCCCCCCCGCUGUUUUCUAUCAUCUGGGUCGUGUAUUGUACGCACACUCGAUGCUGCAUUUGCAGUCAAUAUUGGUUACUGGAGGUUAAUGUGACAUUUUAGUACUGACGCUAAUAUUUGUUCAUUGUUAUCCAUAACCUUUGAAAGAAAAAAGAAAGACAAGCGACCAGUGUUUUUUCCUUGCAAGGGGCGGGAAGAGCGUCUGGAAACUGUUUAGAAAAUGGGUUGAAUGAUUUCCUUAAAAAGGGAAGAAUUGAUUUCCUUAAACGGAGCAUUUCAUACAGGCGAACAGAUAGGUUUGUACUCAACCCUCCAACUGGCUAGCUGUAAGAAAAUCAGUGCUCAGAUUAUCAUAAACAGAGUCUUUCAUCACGUGGAGGCGAAGACCUUCAUGGCCACUAUGUGAAUUAAAGUGCAAUGGAGCUCGUGGCCAGCGUUUUCCAAUCUGAUGAUCUCACUCAACCUAAUGGCCCGUGUUGCUAAGGGGUCCAACGGUAACGACGCUAAUGCCAGUCGUCACAGAGGAGGACCGACGUCCGGGACGCCCGUCUCCUGGCAGGGACAGUUUUACACGGGGGGGGGGGGGCAUACACUCUGAUGAAUUGCCGCCGGAUAACAUUCCAGAGGAGCGUCUAAAGAUCCCGCUUGUGAAACAUAGCUCAGAUUACAAAGGCUUUUAGUUUUGUCUGAGUGCACAGGCACUCCAAAGACUCUCCUUUUUUUUUUUUUUACUGCUUCAGCCACUAAUGGACCAGAUGUGUUCCAUUAUUAGUCCACAAUACACGACAUGUGAGUAAAUAUGUGGCCACAUUGCUUCACUCCCGUUGCCGUGGAUUUGCACGGACAAUUAAUCCCACUGCAUUGCAUUGUGAGCUUUUUCUAUUCUGAUCUUUUCUAUGCUCACGGAUUUUAAUAAAUGUGAAUAUUGUUAUUGUGCCACACGGUUUAAUGCCAGCUGCAUGUCUGUUGAUGCUUUGGUCCGGGAGGAAAUAUCUGACUAAAAGGAUGUAUUUACAUGAGAUCCUGUAAAGACAUUUAUUGUCCCCAGAGGAGGAUUCUUAAUGACUUUUAUGAUCUUCUGAUUUAUUAAUCUAGCACCACCAACUGCUCAAAGUUUCCAUCAUCAACAAGAUGGCUUGUUUUGUUUUAUUUGACAGACAUUCAUUAACUUCAGUCAAUAGAUUUCUGACUAGUGACUGCACAACUAACAACAUUCUCAUCAGCCUCUGCUGCACUCGGAGUAUCGUACUUAUUAACAGGCUGAACUAAGAAUGUGAACAUGUUGUCAUCGUGAACACGUUGGCAGGAAACUCAAAGAGAUUGAUCUAUUAUCUAGUUAGCUAAGUUCAAUGACACCAUGCAUGAGAGUUGUUAUUCUCUGUUGAAUACUGUGUAGUGCUCAGGUGUACCGAGUGUACUGUAACUGGAAAUCGAUGUUUACAUUUAAACGUUCCUAACUCGUCUCUGAUUUGUACAUUGUGUGUGAAUACUGUGUGUCUUGUACAGGAUGAAUAAAACCAUUUGCACUGUG